AAGCGCUAGUCUAGAGAGUUAUGUUAUUCAAGAACAUUUUGUAUUUUUGUCGCAUAUUGAGUCAAUAAAUCCAAUUUAAGCAACUAUGUUCGAAUUUACUUAAUAAAUAUUAAAUAAUAAGUGAAGAAAUAAAAAAAAAUGUCACAACAAACAGCUCUCGUGCAGACUACUAAUGCUGGAUCUGAUAUGACACCUGUGCUUGGUAGUUUACAAUCUAUCGGACCUAAUACUCAGGCAUCUAAUACUGUGCCUAAUGUACAAAGUGGUAAUACAGUAGUACAGAUAUUACAACCUCAGACACAAUCUCAACAGACGCAAUUUGUAUCACAACCUCCAAAACAACAGGUAGUGCAGCAGCCUUCUACACAGCAGCAACAGCAACCACAGCAACAACAAAGUUCCUUUAAUGAUUUUCCUCAGUUUUUGACUAAGACAAGAUUACAAGAUUUAGUAAAAGAAGUAGAUCCUACUGAACAAUUAGAUGAAGAAGUAGAAGAAAUGUUAUUACAAUUGGCAGAUGAUUUUGUAGAAACAACUGUAAAUGCAGCAUGUUUAUUGGCUAAGCAUCGACAUGCAAACACUGUAGAAGUAAAAGAUGUACAAUUACAUUUAGAAAGAAAUUGGAAUAUGUGGAUUCCUGGUUUUGGUACAGAUGAAGUACGCCCAUAUAAACGUGCCACAGUUACAGAAGCACAUAAACAAAGAUUAGCACUUAUACGAAAAUCAAUCAAAAAAUAUUAGUCUUUUUGUACAUUUUAUCCUGUGUUAUUAUUUUAUCU